AUGAGCGGCACGACGACGAGCUGGGAGCCUUUCGUUUCUUUUGCUACGUAUUCUCUCUCGACGUUAGAGACCACUUUCUCUAAAAUACCCGGUUCGGCGGUCGUCGCGCGAUACGUGAAGUCGUCGCAUCAGAACGACCCGGGGCGGACGCUGCUUGAGGUGAUCCUCAUCAUCUUCGCCAUACGCACUCUGCUGCAGUCGCGCACGCGUGCGGACCACUCGGGCAAGCACUUUAUCCAGUUCGACGAAAAGGAAAUCGAUGACCUGGUGUCGGAAUGGACUCCAGAGCCGCUCGGGCAACCUCUCACUGCGAGACAGCAGGCAGACCUUGCUGCGGCUCCGAUCAUUGUUGGACCGACGGGUCCGAAGCCUAAGCUGGCAUCGGGCAAGACGGUCGUUAACCUGGCGAGCUACAACUUUACUGGGCUGGCCGGGAACCAGGACAUCAAGGACCGAGGCGUGGAGACGCUGCGCAAGUACGGGCUUGGGAGCUGUGGACCGCCAGGGUUCUACGGGACGCAGGAUGUGCACAUCCAGCUGGAGCAGGACAUCGCCGACUUCCUCGGCACUGAAGCGGCCAUCAUAUACUCGCAGGCAUUCUCGACGGUCGGCUCGGUGAUACCCGCGUUUUGCAAGCGGGGGGACGUGAUUGUCGCGGACCGUGGGGUGAACUUUGCGAUUCAGAAGGGCCUGCAGAUUUCGCGCUGCACGGUGCGGUGGUAUGACCACGACAACAUGGAGAGCCUGGAGCAAGUGCUGGAGAGCGUAGAGAAGGAGCGGCGGAAGAAGAAGGCACCGCUGACGCGGCGGUUCAUCGUGACGGAGGGCAUCUUUGACCAUGAUGGGGCGAUGUCGGACUUGCCGAAGCUGGUGGAGCUGAAGUUCAAGUACAAGUACCGGCUUAUUCUGGACGAGAGCGUAUCGUUUGGGGGCGUCGGUAGGACCGGCCGUGGGCUUACGGAGCUCUACAACGUUCCGGCGUCUCAAGUGGACAUGCUGGUGGGCUCGCUCGCGAAUGGCCUCACGGCCUGCGGUGGGUUCUGCGCUGGCUCGCGCGUUGUCGUCGACCACCAGCGGAUCAACGGAACCUCGUUCGUGUUCUCUGCCGCGAUGCCCGCCAUGCUUGCCGUGGCGGCAUCGGAGGGUAUCAAUAUCCUUCGCAACACGCCCUCAAUUCUGAGCACGCUUCAGGAGAACGUGCGCGCGGUGCGUUCAAUCCUGGACAAGAUUGACUGCGUCUCCAUCCCGUCGCACCCCGCCAGCCCGAUCAUCCACAUCAAUGUGCGGUCCGCUGUGCCUGCGCACCCGCCUACCACUCCCAGCACUCCCAGCAAGCCGUCAAAUCCCAUGUCAGCGCAGUCGCGUGAUACCCCGCAGCCCGAUAUCGACUUGGAGGAGCGCCUCUUGCAGGAGAUAGUCGAGGAAUGUCUCGUGCAGGGUGUUAUGGUCACGCGUGCGCACCGCCUUCGCGGCCAGGAGCUCACCGAGGCCCGUCCCAGCGUACGCCUAGCGCUUACCUCCGCGCUCCCACGCAAGGAGUGCGAGAAGGCGGCGCAGGUCAUCAAGGCUGCGUGCGUUAAAGUGCUCAGCAAGCGUCGGUGA